AUGUUGAAGGGAUGGCUUGGGUUCGGGGGUGGAGAAGUUCCAGCACAGGUCACUCAUACCAAAUCUACGCAGUCCUUAAGUGCUCUAGAUGAGCCGCAAGCAUUGGAUCAAGCAAUGAAAGCCAUGGACUUGCUCUUGAACGAUGACGUCCUCGGUGCUGAGAAAGCUGUCGAAGAGGGGAAUUCAAGUUACCACAAGCUCGCUGGUGGUGUCGUUGCAUUUCUUCGUGCAAGUCUAGGUUUUGAAACUGAAAUUAUGAAAGAAGCCUCGGAACGUCUCGCAGACGCCGAAGCAUCUGCCGAACGGGAUCGGAAGAAGGCUAUCAAGGAGAACCAUCACCGAAGCUCCUGUCCAAUAGGCGCCGAGUUUGCGUUGGCACAUGCGGAGGCUCAAUUGAUGUCUGCUGUAGUUGCAGUUCUAUCAGAAUCAGUAAUAGAAUCCAUGAAAGCAGUCUACAAAUUACGAACCGCGUAUAAAACUUUGGAAGGUAUCCAAAAUGAUAUGGCUAGGGGUCCAAUGCAAUUGGACGGAGCUGGGCAGAGUAGGCAAAGUCUUGGGAUAGGGAGUAAUUCCGAAUGUGAACCUUCGGGUUUAUUGACUCCUGGGUUGGAAAUGAAGGGCUCCGGUGCUAGUAUCCGAUCGACAGGUUCCCGCCCCAAUACCGCCAGAAUCCGGUCAGAAAAUCUUGUGGAUGAAUUUGUAAUCUCGGGAGUCAAUCUUUGCUUUGGGGUUCUACUACUUAUUCUCAGUAUGAUUCCACCAAGUAUGAGAGUAGUUAUGUCCGCAGUGGGAUUUAGAGGCGACCGUGAAAAAGGGAUAGAAAUGCUGUGGAAAGCAUCUACCUACAGUAACCUCCAUGGUGCAAUCGCCGUAUUAGCCAUCUUACAAUACUAUGGAAAUUCGGUACAGUUCUGUGAUGUUUUACCACCUCAAGACCACCCAUCUGGUGCAGGAUACCCUAAACAGAAAUGUCAAGAAGCAUUGGAACGACUCAGGGCAAAGUAUUCCAAAAGCGCUUUGUGGCGAUUGGAAGAAGCUAGGAUGUUAGCUGUUGAUCGCCAAAUGGACGAGGCCAUAGCAAUAUUAGCCCAGCCAGCACAGACACAGAUGAGACAGGUAGAGGCAUUGUCAUUAUUCGAAAAAUCCUUGAACUUGAUGUUCAUGCACCGUUAUGAAGAAACAAUUGAAGGUUUUCUGAAGCUCACAGAACUUAACACCUGGAGCCCAGCACUUUACCACUACUUUGCUGCUGUGUGUCAAGUGGAGCUUUAUAGAAAAUACAUCGACACAGACAAGAAAAAAUCAGACAAGCACGGUGAACUGGCAGAGGAAUUAUUCGAGAAGAUUCCAACUUUCAUGGGUAAGAAAAGAUUCAUGGCGCAAGGUCUCCCUCUAGAAAUGUUUGCGGACCGCAAACUCAAGAAAUGGAAGGCACGGGCCCUAUCAAAGGGUGUACGGGUUAUCGAAGGUGUUGGAGUUAGCCCAGUAGAAGAAAUGAUUUAUUUUUGGAAUGGGUAUAAACGGAUGGAUCAAUCAAAUUUUGAAAUUUCAAAAAAAGCUUUACAAUGGCGAAAUGAGGAGAUUAUCAAUGAUGCAGUUGAUGAACAGGCAAUUCAGUGGAUUCUACUUAGCGUUGUUUCCAGAAACCUUGAUGAGAUGGAGAAAACGAAGAUGUACAUCCAGAACGUUCUUGCGAUUGAUAGGAAUGCGUUUAAAGGGUUGUUGAACGACAACUGGAUGGCACCAACGGCGCAUUAUGAGUGGGCUGUUGCGCUUUGGAAAGAACAUGGCCAGAAGGAGUAUUUUGAGAUCAAAUGCUGGCUUGAUAAAGCAGCGAAUUGGGGGGCCUUCGAGCUUGAUGCAAGAGUCGGAUUGAGGGUGACUACAGCGCUGGAUACAAUUAAUAGGUUGAAGAAAUGGGAAGGGUUUGGAUCAGAGGGGGAAGCUUAA